AUGGGCUCGAGCCUCUAUCCACAUGGAGUGUGUAAAUAAGACACCGAUAAAUUUACCCCCAUGCCGCACCAACUGUGUGCAAGGAAGGACCUAGGGCCCGCGCUGGGUUGGGGUCCCAGCCGAGACACGAGCAGCGCUCCAUUAAUAACUUGGACUCGAUUCUUCAUUAUUCUAGUGAGAGUAGCGAAGCUCCAAUACCAGAUACCGGUGCUGAUACGGGUUCUCUCUUCCACUCCAGGGCCAAGUUGAGAACAGCGAAAUUCAUGUUGAUGUGGUCCAGACAAGCUUUGAUGGAACAGUUAUCUAAUCAAUCUAUCGGUAAAGGUAUGUUAUGAUACCGGUAGUACGAGUACUUUGAUGCGCAGUCCUGUUGCUAGGGAAACCCCCAUGAGACUGCGCGGGUCUUGGCACUUGUUGACCUCCCCGUGUUGCACGUUGGCACGAUAGCUGCCCCAUCCUACGACUGCUCCUCCACAAACCCCCUUCAACCUCCCAUUCAAGCCAUUCCCCAAAUUAAUUCGCACGGUGGUCUCCAGCGACCCUGGGGCUCAUCACCAAAUCAUGGAAGAUCUACUUUCCACCUCGUUCGACUUGCUCUCCUCAUAUGAUCCGAUUCACAUUCGAAAAGGCCUACGAUGCCUUGAAGGAUUUCUUGCGAAAAUGUGUCUCCAGUCCCCCUCGACCCCAUCAAAGAGCGGUGCUAGAGUAGUUAGUGCUGCCAAUCCCUCUGCUGUUGGUGUGACCAGCAGGCCAAAGGACGCUGCUUUCAAAGAGUUCUUGCGACUACAGAGCGGUUUCGAAUGGAAUGGUAGGCCAACUCUGCAACUUGUGAGGCUGAGGAUAACACUAACUACCUAUUUAUUCUUUCCCCGAAUCUAGUAACCAUCCGACUAAUAUCAUGUCUAGAGCGCCUCCUAGGAAGAACGAAUAGUAUGAUCUCCAAAAACUUAUUUAGCGCCGGCGUGCUAACACACAAACCUAGAUGGCCCGAAUAAUCUUCUGAUCCUUUCUACAUUGGACCUAAUCCAGGGAAUGCUUUUGCUUCAUCCCCAAUCCCGCAAACUUUUCGCUCGAGAAAUCCACAUGAAUGUUAGUACUAUUAUCAUGCUAGCCUCAGGUUAUAAGGCUCUAAUGGUUACUCGCAGGUGCUUUUAGACCUUCUAGAUGCUGAAAGCAACGAUGCUGUCCAAUGCGCAACUCUAUUAACACUGGUCUGCGGUCUUCUUGACAAUCCCACCAACACAAGAGUAAUAUAAUUCCCUCGUGUUUCUUCAUACCAGCUUCCACUGGGUCUAAUCUCCGAGAACCAGACUUUCGAAUCACUGGAUGGACUCGCUACUGUUACAUCACUCUUCAAACGCCGCGACACUCCUCGAGAGGUUAAACUCAAGAUUCUAGAAUUUCUCUACUUCUACCUUAUGCCCGAGGUUUCCUCACCUUCCGCGCCUACCCCACGAGCCCAAGGUGAGAGACCAUCGUCGAGGAAGGAAGUGAGGGUAGAGAAAACUACAGAGGAGAAGCAGAAGAUGUUAGGCGAGUUCAUGAGUAAUGUGGAAGGCCUGGUAGCGGACCUGAAAGAAAGUCAGCCUUUCGGGAUGUAAAUGACGCUUUCCUUCUAUGAUACCAAUUUAAUGAUAGCUAUAAUAAUACCGAAGACUGUACGAUAUCCUGAGAAACUAAGUAGAUAAUAUACACGUUUGCAAGGGCUACACCAUUAGUAGACCAGUGAUAAAAAGAGAUUCCCUCCUACCUGGGGUAUUCACGAGCUUUAGCUAUUAUACGACCAAAUAUCUACUCCCCAAUAAGGAGUCCGAAGCAACCGAAUAGCCUCCUUUGCUGUUCAUAUGGUGAUAUUAUUGUGGCACCAGCGCCAACUAAUACCGUAUCUAUUCCUCCCGAUCCCUAUCAAAAAGAAGUUUACCAAUAAGCGUCCGACACAACUGAUUCUAAGCUAGUGAAGCCUUAACCUGCAUAAACGCUUUUCAACCCGCGACUAAAUUCCUCUACCAAUCUCUUAUUUUGUGUAUUGUCGGGAUACUAGUGGGCCUCCAUAGUCUAACCAUAACAGCAAUGCUCAGGAGCGACCCUCGACCAAACGCCCAAACUGGCCCCACAAAAAAACGAACCCAAGAGUAUCUGCUUUAGCUAGGGCGGAAGAUUAUUAUAACUCGUAAGCCACUGUCGAUAAAGCAACAAACCUAUCACAGGUUUACUCCAGCGACAGAAAAUCUCUUGCCAAGAAUGAAAUAUGAUAAUGGUAACACCCUUAUCGCAUGACAGAUUAUCGAUACAUGUAGGGUUUUGUGUGGCUAGAGUCUGUGGCGGUGAAUCGUGACUGCUAGCAAUGCAAAAGACUGUGGCUGACGGUUCCCACGCACCCACACAACCAACUUUCCCCUUCCCAAUUUUCGAACUUCAGAUAUCAACGCCAAACAACCGACAACCCACCACCAGCAACACCACCGGAACCUUUCACCAGGAAACGCCGAGAUGUCUCAUGUAAGUUAUUGCCCCCCUCCAUUUGCGAUUGAAUUUCUGGAUCUCGAAUCGCUGCUAACUAUUUCUUAGAGAAAAUUUGUACGUCAAUCCGGAACUCUGGAUAUUAAGAUAGUUGAAUAAAUGGGAGGAAAAUGUAUUGACAGUGACUUAGGAAGCACCCAGACACGGUUCCCUCGCCUUCCUUCCCAGGAAGCGAGCUUCCAGACACAGAGGAAAGGUUAAGGCGAGUAUAUGAGUUGGAUUUCUUUCUUUGGAAGCCGGACAACGUUUUGACGGAAUUUCUCGAAUAUAGUCCUUCCCCAAAGAUGACCCCAAGAAACCCGUUCACCUUACCGCCGCUCUCGGGUACAAGGCCGGCAUGACCACUAUAGUUCGUGACUUGGAGAGGCCAGGGGCGAAGAUGCAUAAAAAGGAGAUUGUCGAAGCUGUCACUGUUAUUGAGACACCACCGGUAUGCUCUUUCCGCAGCACAUUAUUAUUAUUAUUAUUGGGAGGUGGCGGCGACCAAUUCUUACAUGAAUGGUCAUAGAUGGUCGUCGUUGGCGUUGUCGGAUACGUUGAGACUCCCCGCGGUCUUCGAUCCCUUACUACUGUUUGGGCCGAGCAUCUCAGUGACGAUCUCAAGCGGCGCUUCUACAAGAACUGGUACAAAUCCAAGAAGAAGGCUUUCACCAAGUAUGCCAAGAGACACGCCGAUGGGGGGAAGUCCAUUUCCCAUGAGUUGGAGCGCAUCAAGAAGUACUGCAAUGUUGUUCGCGUUCUUGCUCACUCCCAGAUCCGCAAAACCCCUCUCAAGCAGAAGAAGACCCACUUGAUGGAAAUUCAAGUCAAUGGUGGCUCGAUUAGCGACAAGGUCGACUUUGCCUUUGGUAACUUCGAGAAGGAGGUUACCAUCCGCUCAAUCUUUGAGAAGGACGAGAUGAUCGAUGUUAUUGCUGUCACCAAGGGUCACGGUUUCAACGGCGUCACCUCCAGGUGGGGAACCAAGAAGCUACCAAGGAAGACCCACAAGGGUUUGAGAAAAGUUGCUUGUAUUGGUGCCUGGCAUCCGUCGCACGUGCAAUGGGUGCGCAUUCCCACAAUAUUUAGACCAAUGGCAAGUAUAAGCUAACCAUAAUCAACAGACCGUUGCCCGUGCCGGUCAAGACGGUUACCACCACCGCACAUCUGUCAACCACAAGAUAUACCGCAUUGGCUCCGGCACUGACGAUGGUAAUGCAUCGACUGAGAUCGACAUUACCAAGAAGACUAUCGUAUGUCACAAUCACACGCUCCUCGAGAUCCCCGAUGAAUACAAACUAAUUUAAUUGCUUCAGACCCCUCUCGGUGGAUUCCCUCGUUACGGUGAAAUUAAAAACGAUUUCGUUAUGGUGAAGGGCUCUGUCCCUGGUGUAAAGAAGCGGGUAAUGACCCUGAGGAAGUCGAUGUUCAUCCACACUUCAAGAAGGUCACUCGAGAAGGUAGAGCUUAAGUGGAUCGAUACGUCAUCCAAAUUCGGCCAUGGCCAAUACCAGACCAAGGAGGAGAAGCGUCAAUUUAUGGGUACUCUAAAGAAGGAUAUUGCUGCAGCUUAGCGGUUCCUUUCUCUCUUUCCUUUUCUGUUCUCUUGUGUUUCAUAGUUUGGGGGGGUCCAAAAAAACAAACAAAUACUCUCAACCAAUACCUGUUUUGCCCUAGGAAGGCUGUGUCUAUAUUUGAUGAACGAAGGAACAAAAAGUAAUCCUAAGCAUGCUCCACUCGAUCCCCAAUCUUUCUCUGGAAAUGGUGUGACCCGCCAUGAAUUUAACGAAAUAUUAGCCACUCUCUUCCCACCAUACCCAAGUAACCCACCCAAUGCUCAUAUAGAAAGCGCUCCUAUGACUGCCGGUAGAUCCGACACAGGAGUAUCCUUCUACCAUUUUACAAAGUAAUGACAUAUACAGACCAUAUCCCAACAAAUCGAACUCCAGUCUAACGAGAAGGGAAAAACAUGAAAACGAAAACGAAAACAAUGCACUUUCUAGAUUCCUUGAGUAUCUUGAAUAUCUUCAAAUGCAACAGUAGCUGGUAGCCUAAAAGAAACACAAUAAUACGUCUUGUUAGGCGCCACAAGCCUAACAUUCUCCAAAUUUUCCAAAUCGCCCUCCCCCAUCUUGUGCCCCAGAUAUCUACUAAUAUCUGCGCAAAUUUCCCCCGCAGCAUUCUCCGUCACCGGCGCCUUGUGAAAUGUGUAGACGUGAAUCAUCGGUAACAUCUCCCGACCAGUGACUACACCCUCGAACCCACGAUACGCACCGCGGAAAGCACCCAGGAACGCCGUGGCGGAGGCGGGAAGGUUCAUUACGAAGUGGGAAAACACAGGCGGUACUGGGAUCACUGUUGGAGGGGGAGGAGGCUUCUGACCGCGCUUUCCAGGCGUUGGAAUGGAGACUUUGUUGGUUAAAGGGUUUUGGGAGCGGGAGAGGAGGGCGCGGAUCGACCCGCGGAUGAAGUUUGCGCCGUCGAGGUUGUGGGGAGUUAGGAAUUGGGAUACCUUUUUCGCAGUGUCAAUUCCGCGAUCCAGAUGAUGGGGGGAGUGUUGGUUAGUUGGUGAGGAUUACCUUGUUAAUUUUGAUAUUGUCCACCAGACUCUUGUAACUCUCCGGGUUCAAGUCGUUCG